AUGAUAGAUGUCGCUUUUCCGUUUCGUAAUUUCACGUUCUCUUUUUUCCUAAUUAGCAAAUUUUUUUUUGAACUACUCAUCUCCUACAUUCCUGUCAAAAUAUUAGCGAAUAAAAAUUCUUCUCUUUCAACUGAAUGUCUCUUCAUACUCAAGGAGAGUGCUCGUCUGCAGCAAGAACCAGUGCCAGGUAUUGACGCCAUCGUUGAUGAACACAAUCCUCGUUACUUCAAAGUUGUUAUUGAUGGACCAAGUGAAAGUCCAUACGAAGGUGGCAAAUUCAAGGUCGAAUUAUUCUUACCUGAUGAAUAUCCAAUGGCACCACCUAAAGUUCGCUUUAUGACAAAAUUGUAUCAUCCUAACAUUGAUAAGCUAGGCCGAGUUUGUCUAGACAUUCUCAAAGAGAAAUGGAGUCCUGCUUUGCAAAUUCGUACCGUUCUUUUGUCCAUUCAAGCUUUAUUAAGUGCACCUAAUCCCGAUGAUUUCUUAGAUGCCGAUGUAGCAGAAAAAUGGAAAGCUGAUGAGCACGGUGCCAAGGCUAUAGCUCGUGAUUGGACUCAAAAAUAUGCUCGUGAAUCUUGA